UGAAAGCAAAACUCUGAAGGCUCGUGCAGCUGCUGCUUCGUAUUUGUGCGUGUGUUGCGUGUGUGUGAAUGUGUGCGUGUGUGAAUGCGAACAAGUUGCUCUUUUUCUUCUGAAGCCAUUCCGAAUGACAGUCGGGUCGCCGGUGAGUAAGUCCUCCUGCAGUGCCAGAAGAAAACCACUCCAAAAUCAACGCCUAUUUGAAUGAAGUCGAUCAGAAUAAGUUUGCGACCGACGCGCAUCCGAAAGCACGCAGUUGAACCAGUUUCGGUUUUAAUUUAGUUGGGGUCUUGUUUUUCCUGCAAUCGGGAGUCAGUAGCAGCUGACGGUGUUGUUUUUUGGGGGCGGCUGUCAGUCGUAAAGAGUCCCAUGUGCCUUAUUGUACAUGAGCAAAGUUCCUAUCACUCAUGAAGUUGUAUCUGGAUCCAGCGUAUUUGCUAAGCCAUAGAGUCAGGUCAACAUGCUAAAGACUCUGACCAAAAAGCUAAGAAGACACUCACUCAAUGAGAUGCAUCCUUUCCAACUCAAGUUUUCUUACCAUGGCGGUGGUGAGGGCGGUGAGAGUGAUGACUCAGAAGGAGAGAACCAGGAACUUGCACAAAUUGACAGAGAGAGACGGCGAAAUUGCGCCCUCACCCCCUUGGCUACGAGUCAGCAGCACAACCAGGGCGCCCCAUCCCCGGCUCGCUUACGACGUCUCCGCCUGCUUCUCGACGCCAAUCUGGAUCGCCACUCUUCAGAGGAAGAGCUGGAGCGGAUCAGUUACGGCGACAGCAGGAAGUGGCUGUCGGCAUUUCCGCAGCGCCACGCCGAUCACCACAGCAGCGCGUCCAGCGAUGAGGAGGUGCGGAACAUAUGUGGCUGCGCUUCGCCCGCCGCCGCCAUUGCCAAGCCUCUGGUGGAGAGCGAAGCUUGUCUGGCCGCCUCGUCCAGCCCCGUGCUCUUCAGCUCCAGCCCGCCGUGCAGCAUCAAGCCACCCCCCAUGCGCUUUCAGCUCCAAGUGGUCCAGCCGGCCACUCGGCCCAUCAUCUUGACCCACUUUGACCAGGCGGCGCCUUAUCGAAAGUAUCGGCACAGCUACGAGUCGGGGAGGCCCAGUCUUGAUCUCGAGAAAAUGCAACAGAAAAUGCUGCUGAAAAAGAACUGCGGAGGAAAAACACGGACCAUAAAGAUUCGAACUUUGAGCGGCAGUCGUCCUCCGGCCAGGUACUCGAGCGAUCCCUCCAUUUUUGCCUUUCGCUCUUUAAGCACGGCGCCCCUGUCCGAGGAUCCUCCGUGCUGAUGAAGAAACGAGCCCACUGGUAGAUGAAGCCUAUCCCUCCUUCUCUCAGAAAGAGUGACUGUUAGGAAAGAGACAUUUGUUUGCACACUCAGGUAUUCCCACCCUGUAACAACGUCACUUUGAUUAUUCCCGUACAACUCCGAUCAGCUUUUUGGAGAAUGCAAUGGCCUGGACGUAACAUUUCGAAGGAUAUUUCAGGUUUUUUUUACCCCUUGGGAUUGAAAGAAAGCAACACGGUUUAUUGAGCACAAAGUCGGAUCUGAAUUUACCUUUGGCUGUGAUCACUUGCAAGGGAAAUCAUGCAUGUAAGACAAUCAAAAUGGUUUCUUCCUACAGCUCAUCAGGUUGUUGGUAACGUCCUCUUCUAAAGAUGGCAUUCAGCCAAUAUCCUAAUGUUUCCAUGCAAAAGGUCACAGUUGCCUACCUGGAAAAGAAACUUUGUCGGAUGGAUGUGUUAUUCUUUUGAAUAUGCAGGUCAUUAUGAGCGACGUAUGUAGUUGCAUCGAGUUGAUGUACAUUUUUCAAUGUAUCCUCUUUCCUUGCACGGAUUCCAUUGUUUUGCAGAAAGAGCGAGACGAAGGAGUACCGAAUAGUUUGCUGCACAUUUGUAACUGGUGCUGUGUAUUGCGCAUAGCCAACUUGUAGUGUGCCAUUUUAUUUUUCACUAUUGUACCUCAUGACUUUUUAGGUAGAAGAGGACCACCGCUAUAUUGUCUCUAAUGCCUUGAAAUAACAUUCCCGUGGGUCGAAAGGAAGCUGAGGUCGGUCUCAGCUGGAAAUUCCAGUUGAUCAAUCUAUUAAAAAAAUCAAAGUCGCCACUGUAAGUGAGAUUUGGCUGAAACGAAUGUAACAUGGUGACCAGUUUGUCAUCCCUUGUCGCACAAAAUGAAUCAAUAAAUGUUCUGUGGCCUCUUGCAUAAA